AUGAUGAUCCGAAAGUGGUGGAGACCGGUCGGGACCGCCUGGAAGUGUGAUAGUCGGUACAACGGAGUGAGGACAAUGGUUGGAAAAGCCUCGAACCGAGCCGGUGUUCAUGGUUCAAGGACUCCCGACGCUAAAGUACUUGAAAAUGAGGAAGAGAUUAGGGAGAGGAUCAGUAAAGGGAGAGAAGACAAAGAAGAGAAAAGAAAGAAGGUCGAAAAAAAACUUGAGGGCUCGCAAAAAGGAUCCAACGGCGACGACGAAUCAUCUGCCCGGUGA